UUUCCGUAAGGACGCUAUAUCUUUGUUUCCUAGGUGGUUUAUUACUGAAGUAAUGGCAUAGUGGGUAGUAGUGAGGUUGAGACUGUAGAGACUCUGUCCUUGUCCUGUGGAGAAAGAGAGGAGAAAUGGAUCUGGCUGAUUCUCUCAGAGAAGUGGGGUCUGGGACUCCCACUAAGAUCAGCCUUCCUGGAGACACAGAGGAGGGGGUUGUUUACUCCAGUAGGAAACAUGUCUUUGGGGAAAGAGGGAAGACAACAGGCACCUCGAGGACAGACCGUGGAGAAUUAGAGUGGAGAGUCCAAGUCGAUCAGAGAGGCCAGACAUAUAGGAGAGGUUCAACACUCAGCUAUGCAUCUAUGCAGAGCAAUGACUCCAUUGAAAAGCCGCCCAACUUCAGUAAAGAACCUGCCACUGACACCACACGAAUGGGGAAAGAGAAAAUCAGACGGUGGCGCAUUCAGCCCACCCGGACCCCUGACAUUACCCUAAGUGUUCAGAGACAAAGAUAUGUAUCGGAAUCAUCCAGCUGCUCUGGUCAGAGUGACAUGUCCAUAGAGCAACGUUUUGAAGAGCUCCAUAUAAAAGAUGGAAGAGUAUGUUCAACAUGUGACGGUGCUGAUAGUGCCAGUGUGCGGACACGAAGACGAUCGCCAUCAGUGUCUAGCUGUGUAUCAGCACAGUCUGAAGAAUCAGUAGAACAGCCUCCAUGUUUAGGAGAGAGACCCUCCAUCACCAGAUUGCAAGUGGAAGACCCUCUGAGCAAGGGAGCGGGAGCAGAACCCUAUUCCAUGAGGCGCUCUAGGUAUAGGCCACAUUCACCAUGUCCCAGCCACACAUCUACAGAGAGUGACACCUCCCAGGAAAGGAUUCUCAACUCUGACCAACCAACAUCACAACAUUACCCCAGACGUCUGUCCUCUUUGUCUGUUUGGAGUUGUGGGUCCAUACAGCAACCUCCUCAUAUCCCACAGGAAGAAAGAGUCCCCUCACAAAACACCUCAGCAAAAAUCAGAGACUUACAGACAGCCAUAGACGACCAUAAGGCCAGUUUGAGGAAGAAGUUUGAGGUCCUGUCUGGAGGGUCCAGUAAAUCCAGCUGUUCUGUGCCGUUCCAUGCCAUCUACACAGAGCUCCACAUGACAGUAGGAGACAGUCAGGGAAUCUGCGUAGAGCACGAGGUCCAGCAGAUCGAAAUGCUGCACCGGACACAGGCAAUGCCUGCAGAUGAGGUGGUCAACUGCAGUGACAUCUUCAGGCCCCUACGCAGAGAGCAGAGGCCCAUUAGAACCGUCAUGACCAAAGGCAUUGCUGGGAUUGGGAAGACCAUGUCCGUGCAGAAGGUCAUUCUAGAUUGGGCCGAAGGGCGAGCCAAUCAGGAUGUGGAUUUCGUGCUUGUGCUUCCGUUCCGUGAGUUGAACCUGGUGUGUGGUGAAAAACAUAGCCUCCAUGGUCUUCUGCUGGAGCUUUUUGAAGAGCUCCAAGCCUUGGAAUAUGUGGGUUUUUACAAGGAAUGCAAACUGCUGUUCAUCCUGGACGGCCUGGAUGAGUCUAAAUUCUGCCUUGACUUCCUGGAGAGAGAGGUGUGUGAUGUAAAUGAGGUAACCUCGGUUUCAGUGCUGGUGACCAACCUUAUCCGAGGUCACCUUCUCCCCACUGCUCUCAUUUGGGUGACCUCACGGCCAGCAGCAGCCAAUCAGAUCCCUGCACGGUACAUUCACCAGGUGACAGAACUCAGGGGAUUUAGUGACACACAGAAGGAGGAAUUCUUUAGAAGGAGAAUUGCAGACCAAAGGCAGGCCAAUGAAAUCAUUGCCCAUGUCCGGGCAACACGCAGCCUUUUCAUCAUGUGCCACAUCCCUGUCUUCUGUGUGCUCAUUGCCACCAUGUUCCAGCCGAUCUUGGACAAAAAGUCCAAAAAGGACACCCCUAGUACCCUGACUGAACUCUUCACAGAGUUUAUCAUCUCACAGAUCAAAACACGACAACAAUCACAAGAGUCCAGUAAAGAGGCUUUAUGGAGGCUGGCUAAACUGGCCUUCACGCAUCUACAGAGUCAGCGAUUUAACUUCUAUGAGGAGGAUCUGAGCGAGUGUGGAAUCAACUCAAGGGAUGCCUUUUUGUUCUCAGGGCUAUGUGUAGAGAUCUUGAAAGAGGAGUUGAUCGGUCAUGGAAAGCGAACCUACAGCUUUCUGCAUCUGACCGUUCAGGAGUUUCUAGCAGCUCUUUUUGUGAUCCACUCCUUUGUCACCAAGAACACAGAGGCUCUGGAGUCCUUUCAUGUUUUCGUGUCCGAUAAGAAUAUGGAACUGUAUAGCCUGCUGAAGGCUGCAGUAGACAAGUCUUUACAGAGCGAACAUGGACAUCUGGAUCUUUUUCUCCGUUUCCUCUUGGGACUUGCGCUCAACCCCAGCCAGAAGCUCCUACAAAACCUGCUCAAAGGCACACGCAACCGACCCUUGGACAUAAAAAAGUUCAUGGACCAGAGAUUGAAGGCACAAACACGUAACAGAACCAUCACUUACAUUAAAGAGCUCAGGCAGCAGAACCUCUCGCCCGAUAGGUGUAUCAAUCUCUUCCACUGUUUGAUUGAGUUACGGGACUUUAGCAUGCAGGCGGAGAUCCAAGAGUAUCUAAGAUCUGAGAGGCGCAUGGAGUGCCUCUCUCCAGCCCACUGCUCGGCUCUGGCAUACAUGCUCCUGAUCUCCGAGGAGGCAGUGGAGGAGUUAGAUCUGAGGCAGUACAUCACCACAGAUGAGGGCCGCAAAAGACUAUUGCCAGCUGUCCGGUGGUGCAGGAAGGCCCGGCUGGACUGCUGUAAACUGACAGUGAAAGCCUAUGAGACAGUGGUCCUUAGUCUGCAGUCACUGGGGUCACCACUGACCGAGCUGGACCUGAGCUACAACAGCCUGCAGGACUCGGGCCUUGGGCUGCUCACUCAAGGGCUUCUGAGUCCUCACUGCAAACUGCAGACACUCAGUUUGGUUGGCUGUCACCUCACAAAAGCAUCUUGUGUGGUAAUGGCCUCUGUCCUCCAGUCUGAAAACUCAGCUCUGAGAGAGUUGGAUCUGAGCGACAAUGACCUACAGGACUCAGGACUGGAACACCUCACAGCUGGUUUAAGUCAUCAGAACUGUAAAGUACACAUACUGAGGUUAUCAUCAUGUUGUGUGUCGACCAGAGGCUCUGAAGCCCUAGCUGCAGCACUGAGCUGUAAUGCCUCUCACCUAAAAGAGUUGGACCUGAGCUACAAUUACCCAAGAACCUCUGGGGUGGAGCAGCUCUCAGCUAAACAGCAAGAUCCUGACUGUGCCCUGGAGAUGCUCAAUGUGAAGCAUGCAGGAAGGUAUCGUUUGCUGCCAGCACCACGGAAAUAUUUCUACAAGCUGCAUCUAGACCCCAACACGGCUCAUAAAAACUUAACAUUGUCUGAACGGAACCAGCGAGUGACUAGGACGUCUGCUCAGCCCUCCCUAGACCACCCAGAGCGCUUUGACUGCUGGCCCCAGGUGCUGUGCAGGGAGCCUCUGACCGGACGCUGCUACUGGGAGGUCGAGUGGACUGGGACAGCUGCCAUUGGAUUGGCUUACAAAGACAUCAGAAGGAAAGGAGGUGGGGACGACGUUGUGCUAGGACACAAUCUAAAAUCAGUGGCACUGUACUGUGACAAGGACAGCUACUCUGUGUACUAUGGUAAGAAGAAGACCGAGAUCGGUUUCCCCCCCUUUGGGUGCAAUAGGGUUGGGGUGUUUCUGGACUGGCCCACUGGUUCGGUGUCAUUCUAUAGGGUCUCGUCUGAUGACGGCCUACUGCUCCUGGACACAAAGUACACCACCUUUAACCAGCCACUGUACGCAGCAUUCACACUCUACCCCUCAGACACAGCCAUCUCUUUGUGCAAGAUUGAGAUGUGAAUAGGCACUGAAUCAUACACACAGUCAUCUCUUGGAUGCUGGUGUCUCAAAAAAGGUCAGUGCUGAAAAUGAGCAAUUUGCUUGCAGUGAUUGUAGACACAUUUCUAUCAGAAUAAAAAAAAAUGGAGGGGGUUAUACCAAGGUUGCACCCUUGGUUAGUUUGCACUUUAGUUGUAUACACAUAAUAAAUGUAGCAUCAUGUUAUGCAUAUGUAGCAUAUUGUGUCAUAUUCUGUUUUGAUUGAUGUGAUGGUCUACUGUAUACUAUUGUGUACAUUGCACUAGGGUGAAGUCAGGUACAUUGGGACAAAUAAGGUUUUAUAUAUUGGGCUCUUUAACUAUUAGAAGCUAAUCACUGAUCAUGUUAUUAUAAACUUAGCACAAAAAGUAAGGACAUUUGUGUUUGGUAGAUUAUUUCUCUGUGGUAACAAUGCUUUUUGGCAAUAAAUCGUAUACCAUUG